CUGAAGGCUACAUCAUGGCAGAAGAGAAUGUAAGUGAUGGGAGGCUGUUGUCUCUCACAGGAACUCUGGAGGAGGUUUCUCUGCAAGGAGAGAUUCAAGCCAAUGAACUGCGGGAAAAGCAGCAAACUCUGAGCGAAUUGCAGGACACCCUCUCAGACCUCAAGAGUAGCUGUGAGGCAGUUGAUUUCGAGUUGAAAAAAUCAAACAGUCAACUCAGUGGUGUAUUGUGCGAGAUUGAGCAGAUCAAACGUCACAACAGCGGUCUGGAGUCACGGUUGCAUGAAAUCAACUCAGAAAACAUGAAACUACGACUCCAGAUCCAGGAGCAGGUGGAGAGGCAGCAGUCCACUCUGGCUCGUUACAGCGCCUACCGAAACAAAAUGGAGGAUCACAGAAUGGCAGUCGCUGAGGCAGAGAGCCAGAUGCCCAUUUACAAGGAGCUGAUGGAGGCAAGACAGCAGGUCCAACAGCUCAGAGAAAAGCGAGACGCACUUGCGAUAGACUUACAGAACCCAGAGGGAGAGGCUGUCAAACAAGCUCAACAAGAGAUUGAUGACUUAGAGCGGCAAGUAUCAGUGAAAAGUAAGAUGGUAGAGGAUAAACAAGCAUUUCUGCGGAAAGAAAGGGAGGUCCAAGCACAGCUAAGAAAGGACAUUGAGAUCCAGCACAAGAGGUACAACGCCAUAGUGAAGCGGCUUCGGUGCCAGCUGAGCAAGGCCCAGUCCAACCAGAGGCACUUAAUCAACGACAUCAGGCGCAUGGAGAAAGAGGUGGAGGAGCUGACAAGGCAGGUGGAGGAGUCCGAGGGGUGAUGCACUAGCACAAGGCCUGGAUGGUGUGAAUGAAUGUAGUAUAGGGGACACUUUGAGUAUUAUGAGUACCGUAUAUAUAGUCCUCUUGAUUGGAUAUGCAAUUCUGUUUUGGGUACUUGCACCUGUGUGUGUGGGUGUGUGUUUUAUGAAAACAAACUCAAAAGUUCAUGUUGCCGAUUUGUUCAACUUUGGUGGUUGUAAUGUAGUUUGUUUUUCGAUGCCUUACAUUUAAGGAGAUAUUCUGAAGAAAAUGCAUAAACAUAUUAAACUAUUUUACUCUUACACUUCCCAAAAACUUGAGUACUAUAGUUUAUAUUCUGUAUUCUCCUCGAAUUUAGAUAUCCACUAAAUUCUAAUCAUGACCACUGGGUGGCAGUAGUGUCAACCAAGUGCCUCCUCAUCAUUGCACUAGAACUGCCUUGUUUCCCAUCAAAUGUAAGUCUGGCUGUUAUAGAAACAAGCAUACAAUGGAUUUACUUGUUCCUUCAGAGGAAGUUCUGAAAU